AUGGAGGCCUUUCGAGAGGCUUUAGAAGAAUGCCUACUAGAAUACUUUGGAUAUUUGGGGGUUUGGUUUACUUGGGAAAAAGGAAAUUUGCUGGAGACAAACAUUAAAGAAAGACUUGACAGGGGAGUGGCAAAUGACAAAUGGAGGCAGCUAUUUUCAACAAGUAACAUCAAACACCUAACACACUCAAUGUCUGACCAUUGCCCACUUCUUAUAAACACAAAACGUGGAAAUUCUUAUAAGGGCAAUUUAAAAUUUAAAUUUGAGGCGUGGUGGCUCAUGGAGGAAAUGAUUAAGGAAGUAGUUAAAGAAUCUUGGGAGUCAGAAAUAGGUACAGUUGCUGAAAAACUCGAAAGACUACAAGCAGCCUUAAAAAUAUGGGCAAAAUCAAUAAAAGAACGGAGAGAGGGAUUGAAGAAAAAGCUUACAAAGCAACUUGAUACGUUAAUGGCACAAGAAAAGACUGACGAAACAAUGGCAAAAGUCAUUGAUACCCAAAUCCACCUGAAUAUAGAAAUUGAUAAAGAUGAAGUUUACUAG